AUGAAUUUGCAGUUUAAUCGCGGCGUUCGAGCCCUGUUGAUUUUUAUCUUCGGCAGCUUCGCAUCUAUAGCACUGGCCCAGGGUGAAAUUGCAGAAACUGCAAAAAGCGCCGAAAAAGAGAUUUUUGUUGAUGUCAAAGCGCCUGUGCUGGAGCCGUUGGACGUGCACGCGCGCACCAGCCUCACUGUGGUUGAACAGCUGCGCCACAAUCACUUUGUAAAAAAACCUUUAGACGAUGGCAUUUCGAGCCACGUUUUCGACAACUACCUUGAAACCCUGGACGGCGGCCGCUCCUACUUUUUAGCCACCGACAUUGCAGAAUUCGAAGCUUAUCGCUAUGAACUGGACGAUGCGUUAAAACGCGGCAAUCUCGACGCUGCUUUCACGAUGUUUAAUAGAUAUCAGGAACGGGUGGUUGAUCGCCUGAAUUUCCUCAUUCACGAGAUUGAAGGGGGUAUCGAGAACAUCGACUUCACCGUCGACGAAGACAUUGAAAUCGACCGGGAAAAUUCUCCAUGGCCAGCAAAUCAGGCUGAACACGACGCACUGUGGCGUAAGCGUUUGAAAGCCGCGGUUCUGUCGAUGAAGCUGAAUGACAAAGAAGUCGAAAAGAUCGGCGAAUCUCUGACCAAGCGAUACAAGAAUCGCCUGAAGCAGGCUGUACAGACCAAAAGCGAAGAUGCCUUCCAGGUUUACCUGAAUUCGUUUGCGACCACUUACGAUCCACACACCCAGUACUUCUCGCCGCGCACCUCGCAGAACUUCAACAUCAAUAUGUCUUUGUCUCUUGAGGGUAUUGGGGCUGUUUUGAAAAGUGAAGACGACACCACUUCGGUGGUUCGACUGGUACCCGCAGGCCCCGCCGAUAAAGAAGGCUCUAUUGGUGUAGAGGAUAAAAUUAUCAGUGUGGGCCAGGGCGAAAACGGCCCGCUUAUCGAUGUUGUAGGUUGGCGCCUUGAUGACGUGGUUGAACUGAUCCGCGGCCCGAAAGAUUCAACCGUCCGCCUGGAAGUAAUACCAUCCGACAGUAAAGACGAAGUCAGCAAGGUUGUCGCAAUUACACGCAAUACCGUCAAGCUGGAAGAGCAGGCGGCACAAGCCAAACUGUUGACACUUGAGCAGGGCAACCGGGCAUACAAGAUCGGCAUCAUCGAUGUACCUACUUUCUAUGUCGACUUUCGUGCCGCCCAGCAGGGUGACGACAAUUAUCGCAGCACCACGCGGGAUGUGAAAAACCUGAUUCACAAGCUCGAAGAAGAAGGUAUCGACGGCCUGGUGAUCGAUUUGCGCAAUAACGGCGGCGGCUCACUGCAGGAAGCAGAUACGCUAACCGGACUGUUCAUCGAAUCAGGUCCCACCGUGCAGGUGAAAUCUGCGCGGCGACGGGCCAAUGUGUAUGCGGACACUGACGAUGACAUCACCUGGGACGGUCCCAUGGCCGUGAUGGUUAAUCGGCUGUCUGCUUCGGCGUCCGAGAUUUUUGCAGGUGCUAUUCAGGAUUACGGUCGCGGCGUCAUUAUUGGCAGCCAGACAUUCGGCAAAGGUACCGUACAGACGCUCAUACCAUUGAAUCGUGGCCAGCUGAAGAUUACCGCCGCCAAGUUUUACAGGGUCUCUGGCCAAAGCACCCAGCAUCAGGGUGUGUUACCCGACGUGUCCUUCCCUGAGUUGUAUGACACCGACCAGAUUGGCGAAAGCUCGCUGGAAGAUGCCAUGCCCUGGGACAUGAUCCAACCCGCGGUUUAUGACCACAAUAACGCCAUCGCCCCUUUCAUCGGCGAGUUACAACGGCGCCACGAAGCACGCGUCGCUGACAACGUCGACUUCAACUAUGUGCGCGCAUUGGCAGCAAAAAGCAAAGAAGCGGCCGCCAGAACCCACGUUUCACUGAACAAAGAUAAGCGGCUGGCUCAGAAAGAAGCUGACGACCAGUGGCGUCUUGACCUCGAAAACAUGCUUCGCGCAGCCAAAGGUAAAGAACUGGCCACGUCGCUGGAUCACCUGGAUGACCUUGUAGAAGCUGAAAAGGAAGCCAAAGAAGCUGCAGAAAAAGCCAGCGAUACCGACAAUGCUGAUGCCGAACUGGUUGCGGACGCUGCACAAGCACCUGGGGAAACAGAGGAGGACGUUGAAAUCAAGGCUGUAGAAGACGACGCGAUGCUGGAAGAAGCCGGCAAAGUGCUACUCGAUCUGAUGGGCCUUUCCAUGCAGAUUGCUCAGCUGGAAACACCGGCGAGUAUCUCUACGGCAAGUACCGGCACACCUCUACCGCAACCCACCGCGGAUGCAGAUACUGACGUCGAGGGAUAA